ACAGGUAAUAUAUAUAUAUAUACUACAGCAGCUAUCACCUCCACACUACAGGUAAUAUAUAUAUAUAUACUACAGCAGCUACCACCUCCACACUACAGAACUGCGACGUACCUGCUCCGCCAUCUUGCCAAGAUAGCUUCCCACGGAGAAAACACUGGCAUGGGCAGUAAGAACCUCGCCAUUGUGUGGGCGCCCAAUCUGCUCAGAUCAAAAGAACUAGAACAGGGUGGAGGAGCGGCGGCACUGCAGGGGGUGGGCGUCCAGGCAGUUGUCACUGAGUUCCUCAUCAAGCAUGCAGAGACCAUCUUUGGUGACCAAAGUGUCAAGAAGCUAGCACGUCCCAAGUCCCUAUGUGUAGCCACGCCCACCAAACUGCUGUCACUGGAGGAGGCCCAGCAAAAACAGAAAUACAUAGAAGUAGGAGGAGGUCCUGCUGCCUUGCCUGAAUUCCACACUAUACUAGAACAUCCUCGUAAGCGGAGCAGGAAGUCAGGAGGUUGGAAGGCUCUGUUCAAAGGCAGUGGUGGGAAGACAAGUUCUGGUGCUGCUAAACCUAAAUACAGAAAGAGUAGCACCCCAGUGCCCUCCAAGUUUUCCGGUAAACAACAUAACACAGAUGUAAGCAGAGGUGACACUAGGAGGAAACUACGUAUGGUAAAAAGUGCCGACUCCUUAGCCACUAUGUCUGCACUGCCACAUGCAGGGGCCCUGAUUGCCAACCCGUAUGCAGAAGAGAGUCCCAAGUUAGAGCGGCCCAAGUCAGUAGAUGACAGUAGUAUCACCACGGGAACCACAGUGGUUGAGGCCCCCAUGCCAAGAUCUAACUCCCUGGAGUCCUACUUUGAAAUGCCAAUAGACGCUGAUGCUCAAAGUGAUGUCACUGAGGACUCGAUUGUGUCUGAGCAAACAGUUUCUCAGAAACCAAGCAAAAAGAAGCAACGAACAGCAUCAGAACCCUCUACCCCUCAGGAACUCAAAGUGUUUGAAAUAGAACUCGAGUCCAAGAAGUCCCACAGGUCGCCAUCAUUAAAACAGAAAAUUGCAAAAGCUCUUUCGCCAAAGGCUCGACGGAAGAGAAGCACUCCAUCUCCUAGUAACGGCAAACGUUUAGUCUCGGCACCCAUAUUGCAGACACCUCCAAGCUCAGAGAGCUCCUCGCCUUUAUGCCACAAGUCAUUUUCAUUCAGUGAUUCCACUUCUCUGGACGAAAAAUUUCAAAACAAGAAUGGAGGAGGAGGAAGCGGGGUGUUCUAUGUCCCCAAUGAGACCCAGGAGCCAGGGGAGAUCCUGGAGUUGGCUCACAGCCCUGGUGCUAAGAGAAAAUCUGUGCGGAGAUUCUCGGAGUUUGACUCCACGGAAGAUGUCAGUCAAGACACGUCACAGACAUUGGAGGCCAGUCAGAGUGAUGGUAAUUUGUCUAGCAGCACGCUGGAUUUAUCCAUAGAGAACCUGAGCACAGAAAACUAUAACUUGGUGGAGGAAGUGCAGUCUGCCAUCCAGGAAAGAGGACAGAAGGAUUCCAGUCCCGAUAUUCUUGGAUCCCGUAGUAGUGAGCCAGAUUUGUUAAAGGCUUCCAAGGAUUCGAGUGCCCAGUCAGUGCCAAAUACAAAUGACUCUGUGUCCAGUAACACAAAGGAAGAUUCAGAACAGUCACCUGCUGCUCCUUCCGAGCAGAGGAAAAGUUUAAAGAUCGAACUUCGCUUGGGUACGCCGGACAGUGAUAAAUUCCCAAAUUUGAUGCUCACGUCAUCAGACUCUUUAUUUUCUGCCAACAGUGAUUUAAAAACCCCAGACAGUGAUGUCAUAACCCUGGACAGCUCGUCCACCAUUAACUCUGAAAUCAUGGAGCAAUGGUCCCGGACACUUGGAGCAGACUCAACAGCUGAAAGCUGCGACAAUCUCAGCUGUCAUUCCUGGAAUUUUGCCAAUAAUGAGGAUCGACGGCUGUCACAGUCGAGCGAUGAGUAUUUUUCCACCCUGUCUCGUGACAGUGAGCAGGGGACAUUAACACGCAGUGACUGGGGCACACUCAGAGACAGUAACUUUGAUACACUGAGUGAUUCUGGGGGUCAUAUAGACUAUUCCUCAGAGGUAGGGGACCAGGGAACUCUGACACGUAAUCAUGACGGAAAUCAGGCAGAACCCCAAGAACAGACAGAUUUCCUGUCAGAUUCAGAACUUAUUCCAAAGGAAACCUUAGAUUUGAUAACCAGUGGUGCCAGUUUUGACCACUUAGGAGGGAUGACCACCUUAACUGCUGACAGCUCAGAGGGGAGCAGUCUGACAGCUACACAGGGGUCCAAAGAGGGCACCACCAGCACCACCACGUUUUUGGAGACAGACAUUGAUUUGCUGGACAGCAGUAACAGCCAUGGAGCGCCGUCACCAGUGGCAUCUGUAACAUCUCAGUCCCCAUGUCCCCUGUCACCAGACAUGGCAGUGUCACCUGUCAGACAAGAGUCUGUUGACGACCCUGCUGUGUCACAGUCCUCUGACCUACUGCUAGAACAGCGGCCAGCCUUCACCAUGUCUCUGUCAUCAGAUGGAGGGCUGGGUGACAGUGGUGAAUAUGAUAACGCAUUAAACCGUAGACACAGUUCCCAGGGUUCCUUGCACAGUGGAGAUUACGACAACGUGAUAUCCCACAGACAUGAGUCGCUGGGAUCACUGCUGGACCAGAUCACGCCCGACGGAAGCUCCUCUCUUGCCUCAGAAGAUCUCCUUAGUCAGCUCCUGCCACUGUCUGAUGUGGCAGAGACUUCUUUACCCAACACAGAGGAUGCUCCGCCUGUAGAAGGGGGUAGUCUGGGGGAGUUGGGACCUGCUGAAUCCAGUGCCAUAGUAGAGCCAGCACCUGACAACACUGAGACUGCUGAUGGUGAAGAACAAGCACCUGUCAUAGCUGACACCACUGAGGGUACAGUUGGGGAUGUAAUAGAGGAACAGGUGCCACCUUUGUCAAACAUUGGAGCUGAGGCUCCCUGCAUGACAACUAGUAAUGAGGAAUUGGAACCUGUUAGCACUGUCAUGUCUGUUAGUAUAGGAGAUCAAGACAACAAUCUAAGUGCUGAAGUUAAGACCCUUCCCACAGAACCUACAGUACUAUCUCCUGUAGCUAGUGAAGAAAUAGAUGAACUUGUAGAUAAAGUCCCUGCACCAAGUCAUGUUGUGACUGAGACAGACAGGGAAGAUGUAAUUGUUGUGAAACCUAGGAAAAUAUUAGUUGUUAAACCAGACUCUGUUGACUUAGAUACGAAACCAGCACCUGCUCAAGAUGUAAAACCAGACACAGAAAUGUCUGAUGAGAACACGGCGUCAGGUGAGAAUAUGUCGGGUUUGCCAUUUAGAGACAAGAGCAGCCCAGUGGAUGACUCUACCCUCUAUAGUCCCAGGGGUAUAGGUCUACCCCACCGAGAGGAAAGUGUGGUUCUAAGGCGCAGAGAGAUCACUGCACCAAGUUUCCCAUCUCCACGAUCUCAGAUGGUGACUCAAGUUGACAUUAGUGAUACAUUUGUACAGGCAAAUCCAGCACAGGCAAGUCCAGUACAGGCAAAUCCAGCACAGGAGAGUUCAGUGCUGGCAAGUCCAACUGAGGAAAGUUCUCCGCCUAUAGUCAAUGAUCAACCAACUCAACACAAGAGACUAAUACGACCUUUUGAAUAUGAAGAUGACAGUAUCUUUAAGUCAUAUAAAAGCACAGAUAGUGGUAGUGACUCUAGUAGCUUAGAAAGAGACAAUAUUCCAGCUUGGGACUAUGGACGUUCUGAGAGUAAAAAAGGAAUUCAGAAAUUUGAUAGGGAUAGAAGACAGGACAGGUGGAAAAAUAGUUCACAAAAGAAAGAUGGCGAUGCCGCUACAAAGAGUGGAAGACCAUCUAGUAUUGGUGACAAGGUGGCGUUGUUUAGUCAAAGUCAAGACAGCACAAAUCAAAAUGUGAUCAAACAUGACGGCACGCAAGCUGGAGAGGUACGGGCCUAUGUUCAUAGGCAACCUAGGUUAGAAACUAAUGUGUCCAGUGACACUAGCUCAUAUGUAAAAGAUCAUUUUAACAUAGAGGAGUCAGUAGACAGUGAGGACAGUUGUUUUGGAAGUUUUCCAAGACGAUCCAAAAGAAUGGGUCAAGUGGAGACAUCUAGGGAUUUGUCAACACCACACCAGUACACUCCAACAGCUCAGGAUGACAGCAUGAAGACACCAAGUAUUGACUCAGCAGUUUCUUCCUCUCCACAUAGACAUCAUUCAGGUGGUUCCAGCGGCUCUCACCUAAGUUUUAAAAGUGUUGCACCUCCUUCGGAGUCUCAAGUUGUGUCCACGCCCAAAACCAUCCAGGUCCAACAGGGCAGGGUGCAAGGACGGGCUAAGAAACCCCCGCUUCACGACAGCAAGGAUGACAAAAGCAAAGAUGACAUGAGAAGAUAUAUAGAGAAACCAGUGGAAAUCAUUGAAAAACAGCCAACAUCCACGUCUAAAGCAAAAGAGGACAGUGUUGGUGGUCCUGAAAAGGUCAAUUCUGAUUCAGGAGCGAAAAGAACUGCACUUGUGCAGAGAAAGAGCAGUGUGAGAGCUCUAAUGUCACAGUUUGAGACUAAAAGUGGUCCUGAUUCUGAAGCAGUGGAUUCAGGGAAAAGUCAAAAGCAAGAGCUGACUGAAGAGAAAGAUAAACCACAUUCUGUGUUGUUGUCAAGACAGGACAGUACCAAUACCUCAGACUCUAGUCUGAUCACCAUGACCCCCGGUGACUCUGACAGCCUGGGCAAGCUGUAUCGUAGAGGACUGUCACAUGAACAAGGUCAAGGUCGUUACUCUGGCCGUAGGUACGGGCCCAGUGAGGAGCCAAUAGUACGUCCCAGCAUGCUUCGUAAGCUUUCUGCUCCACCAGUAUUUACUGGGGCUGGUCACACAGAGUAUUCUCUGCCUUCCCAGACAAGUCAGUCCUCUUCCCCUAUGUCACCAUCAUAGUGUUAACAAGAUACAACUGAGAUUGUAGGAAUACUGAUAAAUAUGUGCUUUAGCAAACUCAUGAUUUGAUGCAUUUUUUUUCUUAAAAUAAAAAGAAUGUGCAAAGGAAUUUGCUGUUACUGGUAUUUUAGUGCUUGCAUCUUCAUUUUUAAGACUAAGUAGAAUUCUACAGUUUACACUCAGAAUUUCAUGGUAUCAUACUGCUGUUGUUUUAAGGACGAUUGAAUGGGUAACCAGUUUCAAAAUUCAUGUAUAUUGAAAUAGAGAAAAGUAAGCCUCAGUUUUUAUGGCUAAGAUCAGCAUUUUGUAUCUUUAGAGGCUAAAAGAAGUAGUCUCGACAUUACAGUGGUCUUUACUUCAAGCAUUUGCAUAGAAUUUUUGCUUUUAGUGGUCUUGAAUUUCAGCCAUUGACAUUGGUAUUUGUAUAUUAAAAUACUUUCAUAUUUUAUUUACUCUUUUAUGCAGUUUUGAAUGGCAACCAAGCUAGUAUUAUUGAUAAAUCUUGCAGGAGUAUUUUACAACAGGCUUGUAGGCAAUUUCUUAAUUUUAUUCAAUUUUUACAAGCAUUUAUUAUCCUGUUAACUUGCAGCAGCAGGAUCAGACGCAGUGCAUCAUACUAUGUCAUAAUGAUAGUACAUCAUGUUUGUUUUUCAUUCUGAACAAAGAAACUGUUGACCUAUUUCUAUAUAAACAGUCAAUCUGUGUCAGAUCACAAUUGGAAUUGUGUGUACGUGUAAAUACUCAUCUACUGCCUUGUAUAUAAUGCCAUUUUCACCAUCGUUGAUUGGAGAAUGUACUUAUUACAUGUGUAUGUAAACGUCAUUGAUUUGACUGUGCUUGACGAGGGACAUGUUCAGUUCUGUGUGUUUUUUGGACUUGUGUGUAAAAGACAGGGCGGUAUAUACUCAAGAGUAACUCUGCCUUUACUACAAAAUGUUUCAUAAAUGUCGAGGUCAUGUUCCUGAGUGUUUGCGUUUGAAAGUAAGAUUGUUUAUUCAUCAACUUACAAAGGCGGUACCAUAAAACUGUUUCAGC